CAGCUCUCCCACUGAAGUGACAUCACCGCCUCGGUGGACAGGACCCCCCAGGAGCCCAGCUCACAGCCACUGGUGCCUUCUUCCAGGACCAGCCGGGGGGCCUCCAUGGGCGCCUGAGGGCAGGGCGCCAGGGCCGCGGGCACGAGCAUGGUGAGACACCAGCCCCUGCAGUAUUAUGAGCCGCAGCUCUGCCUCUCCUGCCUCACGGGCAUCUACGGCUGCCGCUGGAAGCGCUACCAGCGCUCUCACGAUGACACCACACCGUGGGAGCGCCUCUGGUUUCUGCUCCUCACCUUGACCUUCGGCCUCACGCUCACCUGGCUGUACUUCUGGUGGGAAGUCCACAACGACUACGAUGAAUUCAACUGGUACCUCUACAACCGCACGGGCUACUGGAGCGACUGGUCCGUGCCCAUCCUUAUGACCACAGCAGCCGCCUUCACGUACGUCGCAGGCCUCCAGGUCCUGGCACUAUGUCACAUUGCCGUGGGGCAGCAGAUGAACCUGCACUGGCUGCACAAGAUGGGGCUGGUGGCCAUCCUGGUGGCUACGGUGGUGGCCAUGUCAGCUGUGGCCCAGCUGUGGGAGGACGAGUGGGAGGUGCUGCUUAUCUCCCUGCAGGGCACAGCGCCGUUCCUGCACAUGGGGGCCCUGGUCGCUGUCACUGCACUCUCCUGGAUCGUGGCAGGACAGUUUGCCCGCGCAGAGCGAUCCUCCUCCCAGAUGGCUAUUCUCGGUACCUUCUUCACCGUGGUGUUUGCCCUGUACCUGGCCCCUCUCACCAUCUCCUCUCCCUGCAUCAUGGAGAAAAAGGACCUGGGCCCCAAACCUGCCCUCAUCGGCCACCGCGGGGCCCCCAUGCUGGCCCCAGAGCACACGCUGAUGUCCUUCAGGAAGGCCCUAGAGCAGAAGCUGUACGGACUCCAGGCUGACGUCACCAUCAGCCUGGACGGCGUGCCCUUCCUCAUGCACGACGCCACCCUGCGCCGCACCACCAACGUGGAGGAGGAAUUCCCGGAGCUCGCCCGCAGGCCCGCCUCCAUGCUCAACUGGACCCUGCUGCAGAGGCUCAACGCUGGCCAGUGGUUCCUGAAGACGGACCCCUUCUGGACAGCCAGUUCCCUGUCACCGUCCGACCACAGGGAGGCCCAAAACCAGUCCAUCUGCAGCCUAAUGGAACUCUUGGAGCUGGCCAAGGGCAAUGCCACGCUGCUGCUCAACCUGUGUGACCCGCCGCGGGAGCACCCCUACCGCGGCAGCUUCCUCAACGUCACGCUGGAGGCCCUGCUGCGCUCGGGCUUCCCCCAGCACCAGGUCCUGUGGCUGCCUAACAGGCAGAGGCCCUUCGUGCAGAAGGUGGCUCCUGGCUUCCAGCAGACAUCGGGCUCCAAGGAGGCAGCUGCCAGCCUGCGGAGAGGCCACAUCCAGCGGCUGAACCUGCGCUACACUCAGGUGUCCCGCCAGGAGCUCAGGGACUAUGCAUCCUGGAACCUGAGCGUGAACCUCUACACAGUCAAUGCCCCGUGGCUCUUCUCCCUGCUGUGGUGCGCGGGGGUCCCGUCUGUCACCUCUGACAACUCCCACACCUUAUCCCAGGUGCCCUCCCCCCUCUGGAUCAUGCCCCCGGACGAGUACUGUCUCAUGUGGGUCACCGCCGACCUGAUCUCCUUCAUCCUGAUCGUUGGCAUCUUCGUGCUACAGAAGUGGCGCCUGGGUGGCAUACGGAGCUACAACCCCGAGCAGAUCAUGCUGAGUGCCGCGGUGCACCGGACCAGCCGGGAUGUCAGCAUCAUGAAGGAGAAGCUCAUCUUUUCAGAGAUCAGCGAUGGCAUGGAGGUCUCCGAUGAGCUCUCUGUAUGUUCAGACAACAGUUAUGACACAUAUGCCAACAGCACCACCUCCCCUAUGGGCCCCCAAGGGAGCGGCAGCCACGCCACGACCCUCACAGACCGGAGUGGGCGUUAGCUGAAGACUCAUCUGUCCAGCCUGUACCUCAUGUGGAGACGGGAAGCCCACAGAGCUGGAAGAAGCACGCUCUGGGAGCUGGCUCCACAGUCUCCUUGUUGGCUCCAGCCCCUUGUCAGCCAUGGCCUCUCUUGGAGGGGGAUCCCCU